AUGAAUAAAGCUUUGUUGGGAAAAUGGAUUUGGAAAUGGUUUGAUGAUAAGAUAGAUCUCUGGAAAAAAAUAAGUUUCUAUAAGUAUUUUGAGAAUAAGAACUGGUCAGAUUAUUUUUGUUCUGACAAAAAAUCCCUAUCUCAUUUCUGGAGGGUUAUUUUUAUUAAUGUUGAUAGCUUUUUAUGCAGUACUAGUAUAGAUGUGGGGAAUGGACAUAAUACUCUUUAUUGGCUUGAUAAAUGGACAGGUGCAAAUACUCUGGCUUCUAUGUUUCCUUCUCUUUAUAACAUUGCAUCAUUCCCUUAUGCUACUAUUACCAGUUUGAGGAAAAAAUUAAAUAAUGAUUGGAUUUGGGAUAUUAAAUUUCAAAAACAGCUGACAGGAAAUCUGGUCUUUCAAUAUUAUGAUAUGUUGAACAGUAUUAUGCUUAUUAAUUUUGUUCACAGGGAGGAUAAGAGAAAGUGGAUUUGGGAAGCAAAAGACAAGUUUACUGUUAAAACAUAUUAUCAUUUUCUUAUUGAUGGAGGCUCAAGGUAUGACUGCUUAAAUCUUUGGAAGCUUUCUGUUCCUCUAAAAGUGAAAUUUCUGGUCUGGUUGGCUUUGAGAAGUAGUUUAAAUACGAAAAAGAAUUUAGUAAAGAAAGGUAUUCACAUGGAUGUGCUGUGUUGUUUUUGUUCCAAGGAGGAGGAAAAUCACCUUCAUCUUUUUGUUAAUUGUGAGUUUGUAUACUCUAUUUGGAGAUCUGUCCAGUUUAAAUUGAAUAUCAAGAAAGAUUUCAAGUUAUCUUCCUUAAAAGAUAUUUGGAAGAACUGGAGUGAUGAGAAGUAUGAUAGUGGGAACAUAGAGAGAGAUGUGAUUCUUUGUUCUCUGAUAUGGUGUAUUUGGCAGGAAAGAAAUGAUAGAAUUUUUUCAAAUAAGAAAAGGAGAUCAUUAGAACUUUUGAACAAAAUUUUGACUUUUGCAAAAUUUUGGAUAGGUUCUCAGAUAUUUGAUCGUGCAGCUAGACUACAAGAGAGGAGGAGGAAAAAAGCUGCUUCUGUUGCUGGAAUUUCAAUUUCCACAGCUGGGGGGGUGAUUGAUCUGCUGGAAUGA